GGAAAUUGUAAUGAUCUCUUGGUAUCAUAAUGUUGUAAAUUUGCAGUAAUUACUAUUUACAUUAUAUCAAGAAUUGAUUUGCCCCCUUUCGUUCAUUGGGACGUUCAAUAUUUCGACUUAUUUUAUAGUAGAAUCAAUCAUUCAAUGAUAGAAAAAUAUUUAUAUCCACAGCUCACCAUAUAUACAGUAUACACCGCUAUUAUACGUUCAUCAGAACAUUGCAAACCGGUUUGAAUAUCUGUUUAUAAGAUUCCCAAGAAUUAUCCAAAUACGAUUCGAAGAUGACUGUUGACAUUGGUACUGAAUACAUGAAUGCGUUCACGUUUUUAUUGCGCAUUUUUUUACCCCAGUGAAUAACUUUUCGUUUAAUGUUUUCUGUGAACCAUUAUUUUUAACCAUAUGUUAAGAAAUAUAUACACAAAAUUUAAGUAAUCAAUAUUUAUGAAAUAUUGAAACACUGUUUCGAGUUUGUUCUGUUUGAAUCACUAUUCACUAUAGUUCUUGAGAAAAACCCGCAUGUAGUACAGUACGCGCAUAAUCUUCACGUAGGUCUGCUGCAAUAUCAUCUAGAGAUGAGCCUGUAUCAUUAUAUUUUCUAUUAAGGAGGGGAGGGACAGCAGUAUAUUAGCAAAAACAUGAGAAAAAUAAAAACAAAAAAAGACGCUGCUUUUCGUUACCACAUGGCAAUCAAUCUAAAAAUUAUAGUGAGGUGGUUUAAUUAAAACAGCUCCCGAGAGAACAUUUUUUUACUUCACAAAAACAUCAAAUUUUUCAUCGCCAAUAUUCGUUACCUCCCCCAAAUAGAUAUAUUAUCUCAUGCAUUUCCGGUUGCUCCCCAGGGUUCUGGGAAACGAAAUACCUAGAAACUUAGAGCGUCUAGCAUUGUUGUCAUGGAGAUUGUUAUCCUGACUUACUUAGGGUUAAGCGUACUUGUGGCUGUAAAAUUCUUCCAACUUGAAUGAAUCUAACUAAUUGUGCAUGAAAAAUGGCAGGCCAAAUCGAAUACAGUGAUGAUUCAAAGCUUAUUGAUAACGAGAUCGCUCUGAACGUUGCUAUUUCGGAGCUUAACCAAUAUAAACAAACAAGUAAUAAUCUCCUAGCUGUUGACUGUGAAGGGGUGUCGUUAAGUAGAAAAGGAGAAUUGACAAUUCUGUCUAUAGCAACGAGAGAAAAAGCGUACCUAUUCGAUGUGCUCAAGAUUGGUAAAGCUAUCUUCAGCGGUGGACUGCAGGAAAUCUUAGAAGACAACACGCAAGAGAAGUUGAUGUUUGAUUGCCGACAAGAUUCGGAUGCACUCUGGCAUCAGUUUAACGUCAAACUAGCAGGAGUGUUGGAUCUUCAGUUGCUUGAAAUCAUGUAUCGCCGUGAGAAUCCCACAUCUGAGAGUGCAAAGCCUUCCCCCAAGACAAAAUUUGGACGGUAUAAACGGCGCAGCCAGUUCACAGAUCAAGUCGAAAACAUCUAUGGAUAUCGGCGUUGUUUGGAGUUAUAUCUCGAAGAUGACAAAUUGAUUGAAGCGAAAGACAGUGGAGGCAAGCUUUUCAAGAUAAAUAAUAAAGCAUGGAAGGUUAGACCGUUGUCUGAAACGUUGAUUCAAUAUUGUGUCGCUGAUACCAUAGGUAUGUUCAAACUCUACGACAAAAUGAAAGAUAUUUUAAGCAGUGUGGACGGCAAAACCCGACUAAAAAUUGCCUCUGAAAAGUAUGUCGAAUUCUACCGACAGAAGGAGGAAAGGUCCUACGAUGACUACGAAACCAAUGCUUUUCUUCCGCUCGACAUCAUUCCAGAGAAGGGAACUGCAAGUUUUCCUCUGGCAAAUACGUCUUGUACCUUAUGCGAGCGACGAUUCCCACGUGAGGAGUUCAGCGUGACCCAGCUGAGUAAAAGCGAGCAGAAAUGCAGCGUUUGUAAGGAGAUAAAGCGUCUCGAUGAUGUGCAACAAAACAGGGAAGAUAAUUGGGCCCGACGUGAUGAUGAAGAAUACAUAGUUUUCCCUGAAUGUGGAAAUGAUUAUUGCUUCCACUUCGGCUGUUCUUGCUAAAAUUAAGUGUUUAUCAAGAUCUGCUUGUAUAGCUGGGCGAGAAAAAUAGAACCUUUGCCCGAUUAUUUUAAAUUGCAUGUAUUUAACACGGACAUAUAGAUCUGGUGAGAAAUUGUGGACACGCGUGCAUGUGUAACUAUAUAUGCCUCACGGCCUCUCAACGCUUGCAAAGAUGAGAAUGUGAUUAUCGUUCCUCAUUAAUUUUAGUACUUCCAAUUUUGGAGUAUAAUUAUUCGGUUUCAAUCUGAUAGAAGUUGUGUACAACAACCAACAUUUGAACACCGGAAAAGAUUUAAACAACACUUUACAGGUAUAUAUAUUAAUUAUUAAAUCAUUACAGUUUUUAAGUUUUAACAUCAAAUCGGUCAUCAAACCUAACACAAUUACUUAGUCUAAUACAACAGAUUGUCACAAUAUGACCAGGCAGAUUAUCAAAAUAUAAAAGACUGGUGCAUUUCUUCUGAAUCACGGAACUGUAACGAACUCCGACCUUCGCCCAUUUAUGUUCACCAUUUCCCGGCUGCCAUGAAUCUAAAUUUAGCAUAGAAAACCUAAAAUGUGUAAAAUAACAAACUUUAG